AUGGCAGAUGACUCCGCUGGACGGAGAAUGCCAUUUGCUUUCCUAACUGAUCUCCAACGGAAGUUCAUCUCUGCACCCUCAUCGUCAUCUAUAGAUGAAGUCCCAGCAUAUGGCUUGCAAGGCAGUUUCGGUCCCACAAUCGCCUCCCUGAUGAACACUUACAACACCGAUCCACCUGUGGAUGAGCUUACGCGAGCUCAUACAGAACUUAACCAAGUGAAAGACAUCAUGGUGCAGAACGUGGAGCAGAUACUCAGUCGAGGCGAGCGGAUUGAAUUGCUCGUUGACAAGACGGAUGUCAUGGCUGGUCAAGCUACAGCCUUUCGACGAGGUGCUAGAACCGUCCGACGGCAAAUGUGGUGGAAGAACAAGAAAAUACUUGCACUGUGUGUGCUUGUGGGCUUGUUCCUGUUCUGGGUUCUUUUGGCCCAGGUGUGCGGUGCAGGGCUCAAUCAAUGCGGUUCUUCUCCCUCGAAGACAUAG